UAGAUUUUGCUAUUGCUGGUAGAACUUCGUUGCUAACAUUAUUCUUGAGAUUUCACUGUUGGGAAAGAAGUGGUUGUUGGGAAAGGGUGAUUAUCAAGGAUGUGGUAAUAGUUGAAAAGUGA